AUGGUUACCGAACAUGGGCGCACCGACUCGUACCGCGUCGCAACCAUCGGCCCCUUAAAGGAUGAUAAUAGAACCGCUGAUGGACAGUACAAGACCCGCCGGAAACCCCCUGCGAAGAAACGGAAAGCGGGAGACUUAGAUGAUCUUAAACAGGAAUUAGAUAUCGACUACCACAAAGUAACGCCAGAGGAACUGUACCAAAGAUUUCAAACGCACCCCGAAAAUGGACUUAGUCACGCAAAAGCGAAAGAAAACCUUGAACGAGAUGGCCCAAAUGCACUCACACCUCCAAAACAGACACCUGAAUGGGUUAAGUUUUGUAAAAAUCUCUUCGGUGGUUUCGCGUUAUUACUGUGGAUUGGUGCUAUCCUAUGCUUUAUUGCCUAUGGUAUUGUGGCGAGUACUGUUGAAGAACCCUCGGAUGACAACUUGUAUCUCGGAAUCGUAUUGGCGGCUGUCGUUAUCGUGACUGGAAUCUUCUCUUACUACCAAGAAAGCAAGUCUUCCAAGAUCAUGGAAUCCUUCAAGAACAUGGUACCUCAAUUCGCUACCGUCAUCCGUGAAGGAGAAAAGUUAACGCUUCGUGCUGAGGAUCUGGUGCUUGGAGACGUUGUUGAGGUGAAAUUCGGCGAUCGUAUCCCUGCUGAUAUCAGGAUCAUUGAGGCUCGUGGAUUCAAAGUGGACAACUCAAGUUUAACUGGCGAAUCGGAACCUCAGUCCCGUGGACCCGAGUUCACUAAUGAAAAUCCUCUGGAAACUAAGAACUUGGCAUUCUUCUCCACCAAUGCUGUCGAAGGAACUGCUAAAGGAAUCGUUAUCUGCUGUGGUGACAACACGGUGAUGGGUCGUAUUGCUGGUCUGGCUUCUGGUUUGGAUACUGGUGAGACCCCCAUUGCUAAGGAAAUCCACCACUUCAUCCACUUGAUUACCGGCGUGGCUGUCUUCCUGGGAGUUACUUUCUUCAUCAUUGCCUUUAUCCUUGGUUACCACUGGCUCGAUGCCGUCAUUUUCCUUAUUGGUAUCAUUGUAGCCAACGUACCCGAAGGUUUACUCGCCACCGUAACUGUAUGUUUGACCCUGACUGCCAAGCGCAUGGCCUCCAAAAACUGUCUCGUGAAGAAUUUGGAAGCUGUAGAGACUCUUGGAUCUACAUCUACCAUCUGCUCAGACAAGACCGGAACCUUAACCCAGAACAGGAUGACAGUUGCUCAUAUGUGGUUCGACAACCAGAUCAUUGAAGCUGAUACUACUGAGGAUCAAUCUGGAGUACAAUAUGACCGCACCAGCCCCGGAUUCAAGGCCCUCGCCAAGAUCGCAAGUCUCUGCAAUCGCGCCGAAUUCAAAGGUGGUCAGGACGGUGUACCUAUUCUGAAGAAGGAAGUGGCCGGCGAUGCCUCUGAAGCUGCCCUGCUUAAAUGUAUGGAACUGGCCCUCGGGGAUGUCCUGUCUAUCAGAAAGAGGAACAAGAAAGUAUGCGAGAUCCCAUUCAACUCUACCAACAAGUACCAAGUGUCUGUUCACGAGAGCGAUGAUCCCAGCGACCCUCGUCACCUGCUGGUCAUGAAGGGAGCUCCCGAGAGGAUCUUGGAACGCUGCAGCACUAUUUUCAUUGGUGGCAAGGAAAAGGUCUUGGAUGAGGAAAUGAAGGAAGCUUUCAACAAUGCCUACUUGGAGCUCGGUGGUCUUGGUGAACGUGUACUCGGUUUCUGCGACCUUCAACUGCCCUCUGACAAGUACCCCAUUGGCUACAAGUUUAACACUGACGACCCCAACUUCCCACUCGACAACCUGCGUUUCGUUGGCCUCAUGAGUAUGAUUGACCCACCUCGCGCUGCCGUACCUGAUGCCGUCGCCAAAUGCCGAUCCGCUGGUAUCAAGGUCAUUAUGGUUACUGGAGAUCACCCUAUCACUGCCAAGGCUAUCGCCAAAUCCGUAGGAAUUAUCUCUGAAGGAAACGAAACCGUUGAAGACAUCGCCGCUCGUCUGAAUAUUCCCGUAUCUGAAGUCAACCCUCGUGAAGCUAAGGCCGCUGUAGUUCACGGAACUGAACUUAGGGAUCUUAACUCGGAUCAACUCGACGAAAUUCUCAAGUUUCACACGGAGAUCGUAUUCGCCCGCACCUCCCCUCAGCAGAAGCUGAUCAUCGUAGAAGGCUGCCAACGACUGGGUGCUAUUGUGGCCGUGACGGGUGACGGUGUCAAUGACUCGCCAGCUCUCAAGAAGGCUGACAUCGGUGUAGCUAUGGGUAUCGCCGGCUCCGACGUGUCCAAACAAGCUGCUGACAUGAUCCUGUUGGAUGACAACUUCGCGUCUAUCGUCACCGGAGUCGAGGAGGGUCGCCUCAUCUUCGACAACCUCAAGAAGUCUAUCGCUUACACUCUGACAUCGAACAUUCCUGAAAUUUCUCCCUUCCUUGCGUUUAUCCUUUGCGACAUUCCUCUGCCCCUAGGCACUGUUACCAUCCUCUGCAUCGAUCUCGGAACGGACAUGGUGCCCGCCAUUUCCCUGGCUUACGAGGAGGCCGAAUCUGACAUAAUGAAGCGACAGCCGCGUAAUCCUUUCACUGAUAAGCUCGUUAACGAGAGUUUGGAGUCGGUGUUUGCUGAUUGCUUGGUGUUUACGAAGGUACCCGCUAUAUCAUUGGCGUAUGAGGCACCAGAGUCAGAUAUCAUGAAGCGGCAGCCUCGAGAUCCCUACCGCGACAACCUCGUCAACAGAAGGUUGAUUUCCAUGGCUUACGGCCAAAUCGGAAUGAUUCAAGCCGCAGCUGGUUUCUUUGUAUACUUCGUGAUCAUGGCUGAAAACGGAUUCCUUCCCACGAAACUGUUCGGCAUCAGGAAGCAAUGGGACUCCAAGGCCAUCAACGAUCUGCCCGACUCCUAUGGACAGGAAUGGACCUACCGUGACCGCAAGGCUCUCGAGUUCACUUGCCACACGGCUUUCUUCGUUUCCAUCGUCGUAGUACAGUGGGCCGACUUGAUCAUUUGCAAGACUCGCCGCAACUCUAUCGUCCACCAGGGCAUGCGCAACUGGGCCCUGAACUUCGGUCUCGUGUUCGAAACUGCCCUCGCCGCCUUCUUAUCCUACACUCCCGGCAUGGACAAGGGUCUGCGGAUGUAUCCUCUCAAGUUCGUGUGGUGGCUGCCCGCCAUUCCGUUCAUGCUGUCCAUCUUCAUCUACGAUGAGAUCCGACGUUUCUACCUCCGCCGUAACCCCGGCGGCUGGCUCGAACAAGAGACUUACUACUAA